AACUCCUCUCGCUCUCGUCGGAUUCGCAUGCCGGUUCCUCUCAGUUGGGCCCCACGGGUCCUUUGUCCUAGCCGAAGACCAAUCCUCAGGCAGACCGACAGCCUCACGGAGUGGCCGGCAGAGCUAGACCCGAUACGAUGACUGGCAUAACCGACCUGACCCGUAAUAAUGGGUUUGCCGCAGUCACUGCGCCCCUCAUCCAACGUGCCCAUGUCAGCUGAGGGGCAGCUUCACUCGCCGAAAGUGAAUGUUUAAUACGACCUCGUCCCCUCCACCGAAUCCAUCGUUUUCUCGGGGCACAAUUGGCACGAAGCAUCAACAGUUCCGGCAACAAGGCAUCGCGUUGACAUAGACCACAACAAUGUCAGCUCAAGGCUACUACAGCGGUGGCGGCGACGGCUACCAUCAACAGCAGCAAGGCGGCUAUGGCCAGGGCUAUGGACAGCAAGGCUACAACCAGGGUCAAGGCUAUGGCCAGCAACAAGGCUACGGCCAGCAGCAACAGCAGCAAGCCUACCCCCAGCAGCAAGGCUAUCCUCAACAGUCGGGCUAUCCUCAGCAGUCGGGCUAUCCCCCACAGCAAGGGUAUGGCCAGCAGCAAGGCUACCCUCAACAGCCCCAGUACGCCCCGCAAUCAAGCUCCCCCUACAACCAAGGCCCCGGCUACCCACCGCCGCAGAGCCACGGCUACAGCCCUAGUCCUCCCCAGCCCGGCUACGGCCAUCCCCCGCCAAGCGAAACCAGCUACGGCGCGAACCAAGGCUACGACCCAAACAACAACAGGGGCACCUCGCCGUUCGCGCCCCCGCACCAAGGCGGCGGCCCCGGUCAGCAAUACAGCGGCGGCGCGCCCGCCUACCCGGCCGGAGGACAAUACGGCGGCGGACCGCCCGGCGGGGAUAUCGGGCCCGACGGCGAGCGCGGCCUGGGCGCCACGGUGCUGGGGGGCGGCGCCGCUGCCUGGGCGGCGCACCACGCUGGGGGGGGAUUCUUGGGCAGUCUUGGUGCCGCCGCGGCGGGAGCCAUCGGGGCGAAUGUGAUAGAGCACAAGUACAAGAAACACAAGAAGAAUAAGAAGUACAAGGAAGGGAGGAGCCGGGGUAUGUCGGGCAGCUCGAGCAGCGACGACAGUAGCAGCGAUGAGCACGACAGGCGUCGUUGAACGAUUGUAAUUGUAGGGGCGGGUUGGUCUGGGACUUUGGGCGUUUUUGCCCCCGAGGAAUAAUUCAAUAUUGAGAAACCGAUGGAUCCCACCAGCGAAGCAGAGGCGAGCUACGCGUAUUGAUAAUUACAUUGUCUGUCCCCUUAUCGUUACCAGCAGCUCUGAAUGCGGGAAAAUUCAUGGAAGGAGGGUAUCGAGAGUCUACCUAGACUAGUGUCAGAAGCAUGCAAGCCACAGUUAUUCAGGCAGGCCAUAUUCGUAGACCAAACUUUGCCUCUCAUUCUCAGACAAAGCUCGAAUUCAGACAAAGCUCGAAUAGCGUUAGACAUGUGCCGUCAUUUCCACGGCAUCAGACGGCAUUACAACGCGGCUGAUAUUCUCGAGCCGUAACCGCAGGACCAAAACAAACAAAC